AUGCAUGUCAAACCGAUCAAAAUGAGAUGGGAAACUGGCGGUGUCAAUUACUGCUAUCUUUUGUCCAGCAAUAAGAAUAAGUCGUGGUUAAUUGAUCCUGCAGAACCUCUGGAGGUUCUGCCUGAGCUGACAGAGGAUGAAAUGAAUAGCAUUGAGGCAAUUGUUAACACUCAUCACCAUUAUGAUCACGCAGAUGGUAACGCUGACAUAUUAAAGUUCCUAAGGGAAAAAAACCCAAAUUCAAAGGUUGAAGUGAUUGGAGGAUCAAAGGAUUGUCCGAAGGUUACGAGUAUUCCCGGCGACCUCCAGAAGCUGCACCUGGAUGACUUAGAGAUUACUUGUAUUAGAACGCCUUGUCAUACUAGGGACUCUAUUUGUUACUACGUAAAAGCCCCGCAAACAGAUGAGGGAUGCAUUUUUACUGGUGAUACACUCUUUACUGCUGGUUGUGGUAGAUUUUUUGAAGGUACGGGGGAAGAAAUGGAUGUGGCUUUAAACAAAUCCAUCUUAGGAAUCGUGGGUAAGAAAAAUUGGGGCAAGACCAAAGUUUAUCCAGGGCACGAAUACACAAGUAGUAAUGUUAAUUUUGUCCGUAAGAUUUAUCCGCAAGUUGGUGAAAACAAGGCAUUGGAUAAAUUGGAGCAAUUUUGUUCCAAGCAUGAAGUCACUGCAGGGCAUUUCACCUUGAAGGAUGAGGUAGAUUUUAAUCCAUUCAUGAGGUUAGAGGAUCCAGCCGUCCAAAAAGCUGUCGGAGAUACAAGCAAUUCAUGGGACAGAGCCAAAAUAAUGGACAAGUUGAGAGCAAUGAAGAAUCGUAUGUAG